CCUCGUCUUCUGUACUGUAGUUUCUGUAACCCCCGUCAUUGUAAAAAAAAAAAGAAAAAGAAAAGAAAAAGAAACUAACGCUUUUCUGAAGUCGCGGAACCAUUCACAUCCAAGGCGGUCCGCAAAGAUUUAAGCCUGCGAGACGCGGCGUGACGGGCGAGGGGAAGCGGGGUGGGGCUUGAGGACACAUGACUAGCUAGGACUGGCCCGCCUCCUGCAGCUGAAGACUUCCCCUCUCUCAGUGACAGAGCCUCUGGGUCCCGUCUAGGUACACUUUCUGCAUUUCGAGCCCGGGCAGGUGAGGUGCGACAGGUAAAUUUAACACAAUGGAUUUCUCCAAGCUACCCAAAAUCCGAGAUGAGGAUAAAGAAAGUACAUUUGGUUAUGUGCAUGGAGUCUCAGGGCCUGUGGUUACAGCCUGUGACAUGGCGGGCGCUGCCAUGUACGAGCUGGUGAGAGUGGGGCACAGCGAGCUGGUUGGAGAAAUUAUUCGAUUGGAAGGUGACAUGGCCACCAUUCAGGUGUAUGAAGAAACUUCUGGUGUCUCUGUUGGAGACCCCGUACUCCGCACUGGUAAACCUCUCUCGGUCGAGCUGGGUCCCGGGAUUAUGGGAGCCAUUUUUGAUGGUAUACAGAGACCUCUGUCGGAUAUCAGCAGUCAGACCCAAAGUAUCUACAUCCCCAGAGGAGUCAAUGUGUCUGCUCUCAGCAGAGAUAUCAAAUGGGAGUUUAUACCCAGCAAAAACCUACGGGUUGGUAGUCAUAUCACUGGUGGAGACAUUUAUGGGAUUGUCAAUGAGAACUCCCUCAUCAAACACAAAAUCAUGUUGCCCCCACGUAACAGAGGAAGCGUGACUUACAUCGCGCCGCCUGGGAAUUAUGAUGCAUCCGAUGUCGUCCUGGAGCUUGAGUUUGAAGGUGUGAAGGAGAAGUUCAGCAUGGUCCAAGUGUGGCCUGUGCGGCAGGUGCGGCCUGUCACUGAGAAGCUGCCCGCCAAUCACCCCUUGCUUACUGGCCAGAGAGUCCUCGAUGCCCUUUUCCCGUGUGUUCAGGGAGGAACUACUGCUAUCCCAGGCGCCUUUGGCUGUGGAAAGACUGUGAUUUCCCAGUCUCUAUCCAAGUACUCCAACAGUGACGUCAUCAUCUAUGUCGGCUGCGGUGAGAGAGGCAACGAGAUGUCAGAAGUUCUCCGCGACUUCCCUGAGCUCACCAUGGAGGUUGAUGGGAAAGUAGAGUCCAUCAUGAAGAGGACAGCGCUGGUAGCCAACACCUCCAACAUGCCUGUGGCUGCGAGAGAGGCCUCCAUCUACACUGGAAUUACACUAUCAGAAUAUUUCCGUGACAUGGGCUACCACGUCAGUAUGAUGGCCGACUCUACCUCUAGAUGGGCUGAGGCCCUCAGAGAAAUCUCUGGUCGCUUAGCUGAGAUGCCUGCAGAUAGUGGAUACCCUGCAUACCUUGGUGCCCGGCUGGCUUCUUUCUAUGAGCGAGCAGGCAGAGUGAAAUGUCUCGGAAACCCUGAGAGAGAAGGGAGUGUCAGCAUUGUAGGAGCAGUUUCUCCACCUGGUGGUGAUUUUUCUGAUCCAGUCACUUCUGCAACGCUGGGUAUUGUUCAGGUGUUCUGGGGCUUGGAUAAGAAGUUAGCUCAGCGCAAGCACUUCCCCUCUGUCAACUGGCUCAUCAGCUACAGCAAGUACAUGCGUGCCCUGGACGAGUACUAUGACAAGCACUUCACGGAGUUUGUUCCUCUGAGGACCAAAGCUAAGGAGAUCCUGCAGGAAGAAGAGGAUCUGGCAGAAAUCGUGCAGCUCGUGGGAAAGGCCUCUUUAGCAGAGACGGAUAAAAUCACUCUGGAGGUAGCAAAACUUAUUAAAGAUGACUUCCUACAGCAAAAUGGGUACACUCCUUAUGACAGGUUCUGUCCAUUCUACAAGACAGUGGGGAUGCUGUCCAACAUGAUUUCAUUCUAUGACAUGGCCCGCCGAGCUGUGGAGACCACUGCCCAGAGUGACAAUAAGAUCACAUGGUCCAUUAUCCGGGAGCACAUGGGGGAGAUUCUCUAUAAACUCUCCUCCAUGAAAUUCAAGGAUCCAGUGAAAGAUGGCGAGGCAAAGAUCAAGGCCGACUAUGCACAGCUUCUUGAAGAUAUGCAGAAUGCAUUCCGUAGCCUUGAAGACUAGAACUGUGAUUUCUUCCCUCUUCCACGGCAAGCUCAUACGUGUAUAUUUUCCUGAAUUUCUCAUCUCCAACCCUUAGCUUCCAUAUUGUGCAGCUUUGAGACUAGUGCCUAUGUGUGUUCUUGUUCAUUUUGCUGUUUCUUUGGUAGGUCUUAUAAAACAAACAUUCCUUUGUUCCAGUGUUUGAAGGAGCUAGCUCCCUUACCUUUAUCUGAAGUGGUGAAUGUAGUGCAUAUGAUAUACAUUGUAAGAUACACAUUGUAACAUGAUCCAUACUGUAAACUUGUAUGUAAGGUGACUACCCCUUCCCUCAUCUCCAGUAAACUGUAAACAGGACUACUGCAUGUACUCUGUUGGGAAUGGAAGGCCAGAACUCCAUACCGUGGAUGGAUGGGUACUUAGGAAACAACUCAGCAUUUGUAGUCAGACCACUUGUAACUUAGUGGUUUGUUGAGUAACCAUUUUGCAGGAAAUACUUCCAUUUAAAAACAUAAAAGAUUAAUGUUCCAAUUAUUUGUAUCAAUCAGGACCAUUUUUGUGGGGCACUUGGGAACUAUUUGUUUUUCAAACAGACAUUUGCAAGACUGAACAUAAUAGAUAAAUCAGUUACCUCUGAAAAUGUGAAAGAAAGGAAAAAAAAAAGAACCAGGUGGUCAAACUUAAAUUGACAUCAUCUUGUUAAAGCAUAUUUUAUUUCACUAAGAGAAAUUUAAUAUCAGAGACUUUUAUAUACUCAAUUACUAGAAAACCUUUUUUUUAAGUACAAUUUAAAAAUCAUUGAAAAUGUGAUCCACAUCAUAGCCAUUCUUUUCCUCAGACUUAGUCAGACAAGCUUCUCAGAGUGGUGGGAUGGGGAUUAGAAUACCACAGACACUCUGCAGUGCCUGCAGGCAGUCGGCCCCAGGACAACCACUGCUGUAGGAGUUUGGGGCCAGGGUGGCAUGGUUUUCACAAGGUACACGUGUCACGUGUUUGUUUGCCUGUUGACAUUCUGAAAACAGCAAGUUUACCAAUUGCAGAAAAUACUUUCUGUUUUCUCUUUCACAUGCUCAGAAAGCUUCUCAAAGGUAUCUGGUCACAGCAGCUUCCUUCCUGUUAUAGAGGUAAAAGGUGUUCUUAUAUUUAACUGGUAACAAAAGAAAAAAGAAAAAAGAAAAGAUCAAUUUUUGUCUUGAUGUUUCAGUGUGUUUAAAUAAUAAUUCCCAUACUUGCUUAAUAAGGCUCGCUUCAGAGAGCUUGGCGAGCGAGCUCCCUGUUCACUCUCUCCAGCUGAUAGUGCUGUCAGUAUACACUUCAGAUGUAAUGUGUAAAUCCUUGCUGGUGCAUGUCUACACAGUGGACUGCUGCUGAAGAAGGAUAUUCUUCCAAUUAUUGAACACUGUUGACAGAUAUGGAUUAUGCAAUGGCUUGUUGGGAGGUGGAUUAGUGGUGCUGCUUAAUCGGUUUGCUUCCAAUGUGGCUUCGUAUCCAGGAGCCCUGACUAGCGGAGAUGAGAAAGAUUUCAAAACCUGUCUGCUUAUACCUACCAGCAACCUAGGCUUGUGAUCAGAAUGAAUGAUCCCAAGAAACUACUUGACCAAGUUUGUUUUUGUUGUCCUGGAUUCGAGAUGUGUUUUCUUCCUUGCUCUAAGACUGUUGAUGUAUGAGUGUGAAGAGGCUACAGAAACAAUGCCCAGAUUUUCACUGUAACUUUCCCUUUGCCCACACUGUAGAACUUGAGAUUGUUCACUGAUAGUGCGUCUUUAGUAAGGAUGUGUUAAAAUAUAGCAGUCUUUUUAAAAGAUUAUGCAGUUCUCUAUUUAUUGUGCUGUGCCUGGUCCUAAGUGCAGCCGGUUAAACAAGUUUCAUAUGUAUUUUUCCAGUGUUAAAUCUCAUACCUAUUCCCUUUGGAAACUUCCAUCCUGAACAAUGAAUAGAAGAGGCUAUAUAAAUUGCCUCCUUAUCCUUAAGAUUUCACUAUCUUUAUGUUAAGAGUAAUGUAUAAUUAUUAAAAUCUAUGAAAAAUAAAAAGUGGAUUUAAAUU